GGAAGCAGCGGAGCUCCAGCCGACGGGACAGGACCAGAUCCGCCAACCACUCGCAUCAAAGGUUCUGACCGCUGCUGUCCCAGUCGCAGACCAGACGCACCGCGACCUUACCCGUCUUCAGAGGGCACUCCUUUCCAUCCGACGACAUGAUAGAACCCUCUGAAGACUCAUUUGAGACGAUGAUGGAGCGUAAGAAUCCAUCAUCAAAACAAAUGGAGUCCUCCGAGGGCUCAUCCAACACCACCGUGGAGACGCCGGGCAGCGGAGCGCGGCAGGCGGCGGCGGCGGCGGCGGGGCCGGCCGGGGGCCUGGCCCGGGAAGCGGGGGCGCUGCCCAUUGACCUCCUCCAAGCCAUGGAGGAGCCAUCCAGUGGCCCACAUAGGGAAAUAAAGGAUCCACCCAAUGACCUACUCCAAGACCUGGAGGGGUCACUCAAGGGUGCACGGCCGGACGCGGGGGGCCCCCUCGGAGCGGCGCCUGGCAAGACGGAAGGGGCAUCCGACCACCCGCGGGGAGGCCAGGACGAGCAAGCGGGGGCCACUGACCAGGCGGGGUCGGACGAGCAGAAGAGUCCCGAGGAGCAGGCCGGGUCGGAGAUGGCAGAGAUCAUGGCCCAGGUGAGGUCGCUCAUCUCUCUGUACCUCCGGAUGCAAGACCUCAUAGAGCAGCAGAGGGUGGCGGAGGCCGUCCUGGCGAAGGGGCUCCACGAAGGCCGAAUGCCCAUCCCGGCCACGUUCUCGGGCGACCGCCGCGAGUACCACGAGUUCAUCGUGCUCUGCCAGCUGAUCCUACAAAGCUACCCGGGAAUGUACUACAGCGACCGGCUGCGCGUGGGCUACGUCAUGUGCCACCUCUCCGGCAUGGCCUUGGAAUGGGCCAAAGACCUGAUGGAGAAAAACAGCCCCCUGGUCAGCGACUUCCCGGCCUUCCUGGAGGCCAUGUCGGACAUGUUCGAGUACCGCCAGACCCUGCGCGUGGCCGAGGAGGCCAUGUUCAACCUCAGGCAGGGGGACCGCGCCGCCAUCGAGUACAUCAACGAGUUCCAGGGCCUGGUACCCACCUUGGGCUGGCCCGACGAGGUCCUGCAGGCCCACCUGUGCCAGGGGCUCAAGGAGGAGAUCCGGCACUACCUGUUCCGCAUCCCUCAGCCGGAGUCGCUGGACAGCCUGAUCGUCCUGGUCCUGCAAAUCGAAGAGAAGCUGGCGGAGAGGAGGGCCAUGCUCAGGCUGCCCCCGGAGGCCCGCCCGCGGAACCUGACCUGGAUCGACUCACCUGCUCCGGAGAGGUGGAUGGUGAGCAGCUGGCUGCCCCAAGAGGGCCACCCCAGCCUCGACCGCGACCACCUCUUCCUGCUGCUCCUGGUGAGAGUGAACCCCUACCACAGCGUGGCCGUGCGGGCCCUGGUGGACUCCGGGGCCAGCGCCAACUUCAUGGAUGAGAGGUUUGCCCAAGAGCACUACGUCCAGCUCUUCGAGAAGCCCUACCCGCAGCAGGUGCAGACGGUGGACGGCUCGCUGAUCGGCAACGAGCCCGUGUGGCUGUACACCGAAGCCCUGGUGUGCAUCCACCAGAACCACCAGGAGACCAUCGAAUUCGACAUCGUCCCCUCCCCCAACUUCUCCGUGAUCCUGGGCAUCAACUGGCUGCGCGUCCACGCCCCGGAGGUCGACUGGGUCAAAGGCCGCUGCACCUUCCACUCGCCCUACUGCCUGAAGAACUGCUUCCGCCCGCCCCCUCCCUGCAUCGCCCUGGAGAGACACGCCAUAAGCCUGCUGCCCGGACUGCCGCCCCUGUACUCUGACCUGGCCGACGUGUUCAACCCGAAGGAAGCAGAUGAGGAGACUUCCGACCAGCCAAGCUCAGACGGAUCCGAUGAUCUUUCUGAAUCAGAGCCCUCUGAGCUUCAGCAGGCUGGAGACAGCGAUCAGAGCGAGGGCUUUUACGGGUAUGGCUACUACGCGCCGUGGGAACCCAUGGGUGCCAGGAUGCAAGACAGAGCCAGGCUACUACGGGACGAGUUCUGGGACCCGCGCAACAUGCUGACCAACAGACAGGACUAUGUACAGAUGAUCCCAGAGCUGUUCGACCAGUUGCACGGGGCUACGUGGUUCACAAAGCUGGAGCUUCGGGGGACCAUCGUGGAGGAGGGCGUCGACAUACACCACACGGAAGACGUGUGGAGGGCAGCCUUCGGCUUGGAUCUGCAAGAGAUGACGAGCUACCAGCCCUUUCUGAUCUGCGCAGACCCCAUCAUCCCCCAGAGCGUGAUUCACUUCAUCCUCAAGGACGUGCUGGGCUUCUUCGUCCUCUCUUACGGCCAGGACGUCCUGAUCUACUCCAUGAGCCAGGAGGAGCACCGCCAGCACGUCCGCCACGUCCUGGUUCGCUUCCGCUACCACAACGUCUACUGCUCCCUGGACAGAAGCCAGUUCCACCGACACACGGUCGAGUUCCUGGGAUUCGUCCUGACCCCCAAAGGGGUGAAAAUGAACAAGAGCAUCGUGCGCACCAUCACGGGGUACCCCGUCCCCGGCUCUAAGAAGUCCCUGCGGCACCUGAUGGAAUUCGCCUUCCCGUACCGGCACUUCGUGGAGCGCUUCGCCGUCAUCACCGAGCCACUGGUGCGGCAGCUGCUGACCCACCGGCCCUUCUACUGGGGCGACGAGGAGCAGGAGGCCUUCGAGUGCCUGAAGCGGGCCUUCCGCAAGGCGCCCCUCCUCUACCACCUCAAGCCCCAGAACCCCUUCUACGUGGAGACGGGCGUCACCAGGACCUCUCUGCACGCCUCCCUGAUCCAGGUCGACGAGCACACCGGCAAGAGGGUCCCCUGCGCCUUCUACUCGCGCAACAUCUCCCCCAUCGAGGUGGGCUCCUCGCUGCUGGAAAUGAAGAUCCUGCCGAUUCGGGCUGCCUUCAUGGUGUGGUGCCGCUACCUGGAGAACACCGAGGAGCCCGUCAUAAUCCUUCUCAGCCCAGAGGACCUGGCCUCCCUGAACAACGACAGGCUCACCGUCCUGCUCCCCGGGCACUGGGUCUUCUUCUUCUCCCACUUCAAAUUCGACGUCAUGGAGCUGCCGGACCCCGACGGCGGCCGCCCGCCGCCGUUCAGGCGGAACCUCGGCCGGAGAGCCUUCCGGUACAACGCCGCCACUCGGCCCACGACGCUUUUCGCGACCAGAGGCUCCCCCCGCGAUCAGGCACCAGACUCGGAGGAGGAGGAAGAGGAGAACGAAGAUGCACCUUUCCAGGACGAGCCCAGUGGGCAGAGCCUGCAGCAGGAGUUCCUGGCUCUGAUACCAGUGGACCAAAUACUCAACAGCUUCCUUGCCCACUUCAGCAUGGCCCAGAUCAGGGCAGUCAUUCUGCACUUCUUCCGAGGCCUCCUGUUCUGGAAGAACAUCGUGGCCGUGGCGGCCCUGCUCGUGCUGCUGCGCUUCCGGCGGCGCCUCGCCCUGCUGCCGGCACCCAGCCAGGACGUGGCCCGGCCGCAGCCCAGGCGCCCCCUGCGCCUCAUCCUGGACUCGUCCCUCAUCACCGGGAGCAGCAUCGCCACCGCCAUCGCCCAGCUGCUCACCCAGAUGCCCCCUCUCCUGGGCGCCAACGCCAUCCCGGCCGAGGAGCUGGCCGAGCUGUUCCUGGGCCCCGGGCGGCGGCGGCAGCGCCACACCCUGGUGCCCCAGUCCCGCCAGGGCCCGCAGUUCACGCCCAGGUUCUGGCUGACGCUGGGUGAGUUCUUCGGUGUCAGAGUCGCCCCCCGAGAGGCGACCCAGCCCGGCCCGCGCCAGAACCUCUGCCUGGAGCUGCACGUCGUCGACGACGAGGAUGUCGUCUUGCGAGAAGCCCUGCAAGACGACCUGCAACGUUACCGUCAGUGUGGCCUGCAUGACGGCCUGCAAGACACCUCGCAGGACGAGCAGGAGAACGACGUGCAGGAGAACGAGGCCCUGAGCUCUGACGCCUCGGGCGCCCCGGCGCCCCGCCAGCACCUCCCCACCCGCACCGCCGUCCUGGCCGUCCUGAGCCACCGCCGGCUCUACAUCCGCGGCGCACAAGGGCAGUCCCUCCUGAUCCACCGGGAGCUGGCGGCCAGGGCCCCAACCAGCUUGCUGACCACCUUCCACGCCCGGGCUCCACCCAUGGGCGUCUGGGGGAGCCCACCCCCCGCAGGCACGACGCUGGAGGAACAGCCCAGUGAUGGCGAGGACGCGGAGCUCGACUGAAAUCGCCCCCGGCUCCCCUGCCCCGCUGCCCCGGGACCUCCUCCUGACCCCCCGGCCUCAGCCCGCUUCGCUCUGACCCUGCGCCCCUCUUGCGGCCACUCCUGACCCAAGGGGAACCAUCCGAGAAGGGCAAGCAGUUUCUUCAACUCAUCAACCAGCAACAGCAUCUGUGCCAACCACGGACUGUCCGACCACGGACUACCUACCCAGCAACCAUCAGAGACCCAGAGCCAGCUCGGGGCCGCACAAUCCGUCGCAAUUCUCCAGGUCCCAGGCCUGCGGCUGGACGUGAGAUCAACCAGAGGAGGGGCAGUGAUGCGCGGGAAAGGACCCCACAACCCAAGGCCGGGUGCAGAACCAGCACAGCGGACGCAGCCAAGCAAGCA